UUCCACCUCUACCGUUCUGUGAGCAUCGUCUAACCUUCGUGACGUGUUGUUGCGACGUCGAUUGUGGCAAGGGAGGCAGCGAUGUUGGGUGUGUUCAGCGGCGAGGUGGUGGAGGCGCCGGCGGAGCUGGCGGCGGCGGGGAGCAGGACGCCGUCGCCGAAGACGCGGGCGUCAGAGCUCGUGGCUCGAUUCAUCGAGAGCUCCGUCCCGGCGGUGUCGAUCCAGAUCGGCUCCCUCGGCCACCUCGCCUACUCCCACGCCAACCAGUCUCCCUUUCGCCCCAGGUCGUUCGCUGCAAAGGAUGAUAUUUUCUGCCUGUUUGAAGGAGUGCUGGAUAAUCUUGGCACAUUAAGGAAGCACUACGGCCUCUCCAAGAGUGCCGAUGAGGUGAUGCUCGUCAUCGAGGCCUACAAGGCCCUCCGCGACCGGGCACCGUAUCCACCGAGCUCCAUGCUCGCCCACCUCUCUGGCAACUUUGCCUUCGUGCUCUUCGACGAGUCCAUCUCUUCGCUCCUCGUAGCUUCUGAUCCAGAUGGAAAGGUUCCCCUGUUCUGGGGGAUUACUGCAGAUGGGUGCGUGGCCUUCGCUGACAAUCUGGACUUGCUUAAGGGAUCUUGUGGCAAGUCUCUCGCUCCAUUCCCUCAAGGAUGUUUCUAUUGGAACACUCUGGGAGGGUUGAAAAGCUUUGAGAACCCAAAGAACAAGGUCACUGCUGUUUUAGCAGAUGAAGAAGAGAUAUGCGGUGCCACUUUCAUGGUGGAAGGAUCUGCAGUCCUCACGGCAACACAUUAGAAGCAAGUUGCUCGUGGCAGAGGAGGAUCGAAUCUGGUUGUGAAGGGAUGCACAGGGCAUGAAAUUACCAUGUAUAUAUAAUGUUGGAAUGUCAUGAGUUUAGCUAGGGUUUUGCUUUGUGCUUUGAUUUAGAAUAAUCUUUUAGGUGCAAUUGAUCCUCCUCCAUAUGUGCAUUGUAAUCAGAGUUUAUGUAUGUAAAUCUAGUUAUACUCAAAAUAAAAUGUUGGAAGUAACUUUUUCCUAGUAACUGAAA